UUUGUGCUUCGCACGUAAGCAGGGGAAAGAGCGUUCAGGUCAAAUUGACCUUUAAUAGCGCCAGAUUUCCUCAGUAAAAAACAACUCCAUUAAGAUCCCAACUGACCAUGUGACCAACUAAAAGGCGCAGCUUGACAUGCUGUCAAAAGUAAAGUUGAGUGAAUCCCAGACAAACUCUGACUGGAGUGUGUUGCUGAGAGAGACACAGGCUCCAUCUGGAGGCUGCUAGAUAUCCUUCCUAUAACGCCUUGGGACUGAAAGUGAUGGGUUUUCCAGGUCACACACUGGUCUUGUCCUUGCUUGUGGUGCUUUUGCUAUUACUGACCUGUUCAUCUCUUUGUUCGCUAGUAAAAGUCAAUAAAGGUUUAAAGGUGAAACGAGGUCAGUCAAUCUACCUUCAGGAAGGGGAUCUGCAGUUCCAUGUUCCUGCUAAGAAGGAUGCAUGCAAGGUGGAAGUAGUAUUAAAUGAGCCCAUUACUCAAAGAGUGGGAAAACUUGUGCCACAGGUGUUUGACUGCCAUUAUCAGUCUGAUGAAGUAAAGUAUGUCCAUAAUGGCUGUCCCUUGUUAAAAGAAGAUACUGUCAAGCUCCGCCUGUAUAGCUUCACAGAGACAAAUACAUACAUGGAGUCGUUUACCCUCCUUGUGGACAUCAUAGCGCCUGAAUGCAACAUCAUUAAUAUAGGUCCCAAAUUCCUUCAGGUCUCUGAAGUGUAUGGCCUCUCCAAUGCUAUUGAAGGCAAUGUGGUUUCCUUCCACUAUGAAAGAAAACCUAGUCUGGAAUGCAGCAUCCACCUCAGUCCACAGGAAACCCAUCUUCCUGCCCACGGCAAACUCGUCACUGGAGACCCAGAGAGAGCCACCAAGAGAGGCGACGAGCCGGAAAGUUUUAUCUACCUACGUCAGCAACUAGAUGAUAAAGCCAGAAGAAUGUAUGCAUCUGAAGAUUGCCUUAAGGGCCUGAAGCUAGUGACAGUCAAAAACGUUCCAUGUGAUGACUUCCUCCUGAUGGGCAUAAAGUAUCAACACAUAGAUCCACCCUCUCCAGAUGUCGAUUAUAUUGCAAUUAGGCUUGACCUUAAGGACACCAGGAGUGGCAGCAUAUAUCAGUCUGAGCAGGGCUGGAUUCCAGUCAGGAUAGCAGGAGGAAUGCCCAACCAGCCUCCCAAACCAUCUUUCAUGUCCAUGUUUAUCUUGGAGGUCGACCAGUUUAUUCUCACUCCCCUCUCCAUUGCAACACUGGAUGCUGAAGACGAGGAAACUCCAAAACAACUUCUGGUUUUUAACAUCACUAAGCACCCUGAGGAAGGCUUUAUCACCCAUCUGUCUGAUCACACUCGUCCAGUCUCCUCCUUUACAUGGCCUGAUCUAAAUGACAUGCUUAUAGCAUUUCAACCCCCAAAUUCUUCACAUACCCAACGAAGAAUUUAUGAGGUGGAAAUUGAAGUUUAUGAUUUCUUCUUUGUGAAUAGCUCACCAGUAACUAUCCACACAUCUGUAAGGAAUGCAGACACAAAUGCACCAAGAGUGUCUUGGAACAUGGAACCACCAUCCCUCUCCACUUCUCAAAACGUUAGCCUAGCCAAUUGCGGCUCUACGGUGCCACCGGAACCUGGAACUGUGUCAGAUCUGACGGCUGCAGAGGCGGUGGAAGGGCGAUCUUCUGCCCCAGGUCUUACUCUGCUGGAGGGUCAGUCUCGUCCUAUAAUGUGGGACCAGUUGCAAAUCGUGGAUAAUGACAACCUGAAUGUUCGUGUCGUCAUUGUGGAUGGUCUUCAGCAUGGACACCUAACUGUAAGAGGUGGAAAGGGCUUCAUGUUUACAAUCAAUGACAUAAGAGCAGGUGUUGUCUGUUAUCACCAUGACGACACCGACUCCACAAAGGACUUCAUCAUUUUCCGAAUCACAGAUGGCCAUCAUCAGACCCGACAUAAGUUCCCCAUUAAGAUUCUUCCCAAAGAUGACAGCCCUCCAUUCCUCAUAACUAACAUGCUGGUGGAAGUCUCAAAGGGCCAGACGACCCUGCUCAGAGGUUCCACCCUCAAGGCUUCAGACAUGGACUCCAGUGAUGACAAUAUCCUCUUUAACAUUACUCGUCUCCCACAGGCAGGAGAGAUCAUGAAAAUCCCUGGACCAGGGCUGACAAGCUACCCUGUCAGCCACUUCCUCCAGAAGGAUCUUUCACAGUCCAUCAUGUACUACAGACACUUUGGGAACGAGGUGAUUGAUGACUUAUUCGAGGUUGUGCUGUCUGAUUUCCACGAUCCUCCUAACCUUUCAGAACCUCAAGUGGUAGUGGUGCACAUAGAAUCAGUUCCAGACCAACCACCGAAGGAGGUUCCUGGUUCCACUCGAUAUCUUGUGAUCAAAGAAACACAAGUGGCCCAUAUAACACGGCAACAGCUUCAUUUUGUAGACCAAGAGUCACCAGACAGUGAGCUUACAUACACCGUAACAACUCCACCUUUCUACACUGAUCAUUACAGUGGUCCAGAUGCAGGGAGGUUAUUCCUGGUCGACAGCGUACCCAAAUUUACUAAAGACUCCAACACACCAGUUCUCAGACUCUUCACACAACAUGCAGUGAACUUCAUGAAAGUGGCUUACAUGCCUCCCAUCAUGGACAUUGGCCCUUAUCCUCGACAUAUCCAGUUUAUUCUAUCUUUGACAAACCAUCUGGGCAAAACAGUAACUGGGCUCUGUUUUAAUAUUACUCUACUGCCAGUGGACAAUCAGCCACCACAGGUUGUUACCAAGCCUUUGACUGUGGAUGAGGGAGGAGAACACAUCUUGAGCCCAGAACACUUGCACCUGUCAGAUGUUGACUCUGUACCAGAAGCCUUGCAUGUGGAGCUUCAAAGGGAACCAGAACGGGGGCUUCUCUAUUUUGGUGGUCAUCCACUUACACUAGGACAGAACUUUACUCUGCAAGACCUGAUAAGGCGUAAAGUUAGGUACAAUCAUGAUGGCUCAGAAACUACAGAAGACACCAUAGUUCUCACUGCAACAGACGGCAUUAAUUCAGUCAGUUUUGUUCUGCCUGUAAAGGUAACGCCCAUAAAUGAUGAGCUCCCAGUGAUGGUUACUGGUUUGAAACCAGUUCUCAGGUGUCCAGAAGGAGAAGAAAUAUUCAUCACUUCAGAGUACAUCUUUGCCACUGAUGCUGAUAGUGACAACAGCAGCCUUGGGUUUCUGAUUGCCCGGCAGCCUUACCAUGGGGUGGUUCUGCGAAAUGCUGUUGUUGUAGAUCGCUUCGUCCAAUCAGACAUCACAGCAGGCCUCAUCUCUUACAGGCACACGGGGUUGGAGAUUGGAGUAUCUCCUCUACAUGACACCAUCACAUUUGUCAUUUCUGAUGGAGAAAUAAAAACGUCAGCUUCGUGCUGCGGUGGGGAAACUGCCAUCAGGAAUAAAGGCAGCACCCAGCCAUGGGACAGUCUUCCUGUCUACGACCUCCACAUCACAGUGUUUCCUGUUGACAAUCAGCCUCCUUCACUUGCAACAGGUGACAUUUUUACAGUAGAUGAAGGUGGGACUUCCCUUAUAACUGCUGCUCAUUUGAAGGCCUCUGACAGGGACACAGUCCGUGACAAGCUUGUUGUCAGGCUGAUUUCUCCUCCCCAGUUUGGUUACGUAGAAAAUGUCCUCCCUAGUCCCGGCUUUGAGAAAAGCAACAGAGGCAUAAGCAUAGUUUCCUUUCUCUACAAGGACAUCACUGAGGGUCAUAUAAACUAUGUACAGUCCAGACACCAGAAGAUGGAGCCCACAGCUGACCAGCUCAUGCUUUGUGUCUCAGAUGGCAAGCAUAAUUCUGCUAACAUCCCUUUCUAUAUCAUAAUUAACCCAACAAAUGACGAAAUCCCAGAAUUUAUGGCACACAAUAUCACAGUACAAGAGGGAGAAAUGAAGCACCUGGACUCAUCAGUGUUCCAUGCAAUGGACCUGGACAUCCCUAACAAUGCUUUGCUUUUCUCUGUGGUCAGACCUCCUUGCCAUGGCAGCAUCAUCUGUCACAAGACUGGAAACCCAAUGUCUAAGAGUCAGGAACCCAACCUAUCGUCUCCUGUGGUUGACUUUACUAUGACAGAUAUUAAAAAUGGUUUGGAUCUAGUGUAUCUGCAUGACAACAGUGAAACCAUGAAAGACAGUUUUAUAAUUCAGCUGACUGAUGGCAAACAUACGCUCCAAAGACAGGUGAUGGUUGAAGUGGUGCCAGUGAAUGACGAAGAGCCUCAUGUGAUCAGGAACAAUGGACUGGAGGUGGAACCAGGAGAAGCCAAAGUUAUAUCCAGCAUUACAUUGUUUGCAAAGGACAAAGAUACCCCCUCCACAGAAAUCAUGUACAUUUUUGAGCGUGUUCCAACUCAAGGAACACUUCAACUUAAGGAAGCCAAUAAGUGGGUGACACUUACACCUGGGAGGAGAUGUACCCAGGACAUGGUGGACACGAACCUGCUACGUUACAAACAUACUGGCCAUCAUGCUAUUAAAACACAGGACUUCUUUGUUUUCCACCUGAUGGAUGGAAAGAAUCAAUCACCACCACAGCACUUUCAGAUUUUUGUCAAAGAGCUGGAGAAAGAAAACAUUGCCAUCUUUGUGAAACCAGUAAAUGUCAGCCGUGGAGAGCGUGUCGUUCUCACCACUGAUGUUCUGCUAGCCACAGAUGGCACAGACAAGCCAGAGGAGCUUCUAUAUGUUAUCACCAACCCACCUGCUCAUGGGCACUUAGAGUACAUCAAACAUCCAGGAGUGAUCAUCUCCACCUUCAGCCAAAUGGACAUUGGAGCAAACCUUGUUGCUUAUAUCCAUGACAACCAAGCCAGCAAAGCAACAGAAAGCUUUCAGUUUGUUAUAAGUAACGGUAAGACUAGCCGAAAUGGAAGCUUUGAGCUGUGUGUGGAAAUUGUGGAUCGUGUUCUGCCAUCGCUAACAUCCAUCAAAGGUCUCCAGGUCCCACAAGGUUCUGCCAUGAUCCUUGGUCCAGAACUCCUCUCCUUAUCUGACCCUGACACUCCACCCAGGGCUCUGACUUUUGUUCUGCGACAGCCUCCACAGUACGGGAAGCUGGAACGAGCUGGUGUCACACUGACUGCUGGCUCAAACUUCACACAGAAACACAUAAAGGAGCUGGAGGUAACAUAUAGACAUGAUGGAGGACCAUCACAGAUUGACCGAUUUGCUUUUACAGCAUCCGACUCCUCCAGUCGAGGCUUUCUGCUAGAUGGACGGCUGCAAACAGAGCCUGUGUUUUUCACCAUUCAGAUCAAGCCUUUGGAUAAAUCUUCACCAGAAGUAAUAAGGCUAGUCCCACUUUGGAAACCAGAGCUUUUACCAGAUGGCAGAUAUGUGAUUUUUGUGACUUCUCAAGAGCUGAAGGCUCAGGAUAGUGGUAGCAGAGAAGAGGAGCUGAUAUUCUGCGUUGUUCGUCCACCAUAUUUUGGCUACCUUGAAAACAUUACCACAGGUAUGUUUGUGUCAAAGUGUUUCCCUCAGAUUGAACUGAACAAAAGAAUUUUAGCCUAUAUUAUCAAUUCGUAUGGUGAGUUUCUGUCAGACAGCCUGGAGUUCAAAGUGUCUGAUCCUUUAGGUAACAUGGGGCCCUCUCACAUACUUGAAUUCCGAUGGAGUAAGGUGGAGUUUUCUCUUCCUGAGUUCUCGUCAUGUGAGGAGCAGGGAAAAAUCUCCCUGGACAUCAUUCGAAAAGGAAACUUGGCAGAAUCAUCAUAUGUCACUGUCAAGGUGAUUGAAGGGACUGCAAAUGCUGGGAAAGAUUUUCGUACAAAUCCUUCCUCCCUGAUCCAGUUUGAUCCAGGAGUGGCAAAGCGAAGUUGGCAAACUGAGAUAGUUGAAGACCAUAUUGAGGAGGCUGAUGAAAGGUUUGAGGUGUUGCUAGUUUCUCCUGAAGCCACAGUAAUUGGUAGAAUCAGCAAGGCUGAACUCACAAUCAGAGACUCAGGAAAUGGACAAUGCUGGCCAAAUCAGGAUCAACAAGCUCCUCUUCUAGGAGGAAAAGAGAUUCGAUCAGAUGCAUAUCCCCAGCAUGGAUCCAUUCGUCUGGAGAAACUUCCUCUUGCUACACAAUCUGUCAUAUGGAGCAGAGGAGACAGCAUCUCAUCACCACGAGAACAUCUCCCUAAGAAGACACUCAGAGUUGUGAGCAAUCUCAAAUCUAUUGCACCUUCAUCGAUAUUCCACAAUGAGACAGAUGUGAUUUACACAUAUCAUGGAAUUAUGCAAAUGCUAGUACAUGAUGAUACGUCCCCAUCUAGAAAGAGCAGGAAGGCAAACGUCCGGGUGGUUAGCAGGGAACCACAGCACCAAGUACCUGGACUUCUUACUGAAGCAAAGUCCAACACUCCAAAAGAUGAACUGAAAGCACAAAUGAAAGGGCGAGCAGGAGGACAUAUGUGUCCUCAGGGCUGGACUUUUCAAGGAGGACGUUGUUACAUCGUCAGCACUAAGCCCAAGCUCACAUGGACUGCAGCUAACAGGGCCUGCAGAGAAAGGUUCAUGGGAAAUCUUGCAAGUGUUCUGUCUAAAUCUGACAUGGACUGGUUGUGGGACUUCAGUGGAAGAAAGCCUUUCUGGAUAGGUCUGAACAGCAGGGAGAGUGAAGAAUGGUGGGAGUGGGCGGGCGGUGAGCCUGUCAGCUAUACUAACUGGAGGAAGAACCCCUCUCGCUCCAAAAUGAAGAGAAACAGGAAGUGUGUGCUGGUGUGGAGAAACUCCAAGUGGCAAAUUAGAGACUGCAAGAGGAGCAGAGCUCAUCGCUUCGUGUGCUCAGUUAAACCUUGGGGAUGACACGGCGCAGCGAGAUAAGCUGCUAUUGAUGCUCAGGACAUAACCUGUCACCGAGGACCACUGGGGUCUUCUUUAUGGCCUAAUUUUGUGAUUUUAUGAUUUAUUGUAGCUCUAAAGUAACUUUAGAACACUGUGCUUUAUUUAACCAAUUAAAGUAUUCAGUAUUUAACGACUUUUGGUUUUCUGAUGGUGUGAAAACCGUUGGAAAUUUUUUCACACAUACUGCAACAGAACAUUUCAUCUCUGAACAUUUUUUCUUUUUCUUUUGUUAUGUAUAUAUUAUUGACUUCAUCCGAGUUUAAUUAUGUUUCCACAUUUAUGAACUGUAAUUUAAUGGUCAAAUUCUUUACUUUUGUUUCAUUAAAAUGGCCAAGUGAAAAUAACUCAAAUUGUACUUUGACUGUGCAUAUGAGCAGAAUUUGGAGAAUUCCCUUUUUAAAGUCUGUUUAAUUGAUUCUCAGUUGCUGUCCAAGCCCAGGCUGCAUUAUUUAGAUCAGGGCAGUGGGUUUGAACCACACGGGUAAGCAGUAAUGUGAUUAUCUCCAUCAUGUGAUCUCCCAGCAGAGCAUGAAAGAAACCAUGUUAUGCAGGCUGGGAGCCGUUCUCAGGCUUUCUCAGGCACUGAACAGAUCCAGCAUGUCAUUCUCUGCUCGGUGAGUCCACACAAAAUAUGUAUCCACAGUGUACUAAAUUUAAAGCAUUAGGUAACUGAAAUAGUUUUUUGUGCCAUAAAUAAGACAAAAAAAUCAGGUUAAUACAUACUUUUAGAUGGUAUUUUGUGCUAACUGAUAUUAGAAUAUUAACAAUGGUACAUCUACAUCUAAUCCUAUAAUGUCUUGACUAUGCCUGGACAUCCUUAAUGAUCUGAAUGUAAAGUAAAUAUUGUGAAGUCAAAGCUGCAAAUGGAUUUUCUAGUUUUUAUGCUUUUUUUCUUUGAGAUACUUAAACUUGGUUUUGAUUGAAUAUAAAAAUAAAUGCAUAUGAGCUUCUG